GUCUCGCGGUGUGCUUUUGGCGUUCGCCCCUUUUGCAGAAAGAAAUUGAUUUCUACACAUUCGGCAAACAAGAUCUCAAGAAAAUCUCAAAUUAUGUUCAGGAUUGUGAUUCUAUUAUAUUCAAUUCCUCGACUAAGAUUGAUACCAUAAUAUCCACGUAUGGCAUGAUAAAAAUAUUCUACGGACAGAGGAGAAAUCGUUUCUGAUUAUAAACAUUAUAAACGCUUUGAAAAGACAUUGCUUUUAGUUCUACAUAUACUAAAAACGAUGACACAUCAAUCUGAGCAUUGCAAAUUUUCUAAUUGCUAAAUUUUAAUUAUCAUCUUCGAUUUCAUCAAGUAUCAACACAAGGUUUGUAGAUAAAUAAAGUGAAGAUAAAGGCGUUGUUUUGCUGCACUAUUAAAUCAAGAGGAUAAACCGAGAAACUGAUCUGACUGUGAGUUGAAACUUAUUGGACCUUUUCCACGCAUGAAUCGCAGAGAAUCGAUAACAAAUUGGAUCAAUCAAUCGACAUUACGCCUGUUCAUCGGAUUAUAAAUAAAUUUUUGGUUCUAAAGAUCAUGUACAGAUUCAAGGUGUCUGCACCGGGCACGGUGCUUUUAUGUGGAGAUUGUAACAAAAGUUGUGUAGCAGCCAGCUUAGACAUGCGUACCGUACUUACAUUCUCUUCAUUUCCUACAGAAGUAGUUCGAAGAGAUUUUAUCGAAAUAAAAUUUUCCAGUAUCCGAUUACACAUGAAGAUACCUUUACGCAUAUUUCUCUUACACUUUCAUAAAAAAAAUUACGAUCAGAUAUAUAAUCGUGAACAGUUGUUUGAAUCAGUAAAAAACUUUAUUAAAUUCUUGACUGGCUUUCCCGGCAAUUACGAUCCCGACAAUCGCGCACAUCAGUUAAGCUUACAAGCUUUCUUUUUUCUUCUCGUUACUAUUAGCUAUAAAAAAGACUUCAUUAUAAAAUCAUCUUUCAUUGUGGAACUUUCAUCGAAAUUGCCGAUUGGUGAAGGUCUGGGCAGUUCGGCUUCGUUUGUAGUAUGUUUAGCAGCAUGUUUUUGGCGUUGGUAUCUCCUGCAACAAGGAACGGUUCGCUACAUAUUUAAUACUAUAGAUCUUGCACAUAUCAAGGAAAGUGCCCUCUUUUGUGAGUAUAUUGUAUACACUUCCUCCAGUUUAAUCAACAUCUCAAUAUCUACAAAUGGCGUGGUAACAGAAUUUAAUGAGGAAAUGUCCAAGAAUUCUUUUGAUGUGCCGAGCAUGAAGAUCCUGCUGGUCUUUUCGAAUGUUAGCAAGAAAAUCGAGAAAAGUAUAAAAAUAAUCGUGGAAGAGAAUUUAUCUUUUUACGUUGAUCUUAUUUUAAAUAGGAUCGAAACUAUAUCGCAAAAGUUUAUUCAAAUCCUUCAGAAGAUUAAUGAAGAAACGGUUUCUUUAAAACAGCAGGAGAUAGUUGAAACCAACUCAGUUCGUCUCAUAAAUUAUUAUAAAGAUUUAGUUGAUCUCAUUCAAAUGAAUCAAGGACUACUAAAAGCAUUAGGCACAUCACAUCCAAACAUAGACGCUAUUUGCUCAAUUGCGCGAGAUUCUUCGCUUGGAGCAAAAAUCACCGCCAGCUGCGAAGGUGGAUACGUAUUUAUUUUGCUGCUACCAAGCGACUCAGAUGAAUUGGAUGAAUACAUCCAAGAUCUGAUCAAGAUAUUUGAGUCGCAUAAUUAUUCUACUAAGAUAGCCAGUUUGAAUUGUAGCGGAGUAAGAGUUGAAUAA